AUGUGGCUACGUUGGAUUAGUGUUGCUGUGAACUUGCUAGUAGUAUUUCCAGCAUUUCCACAAACCUUUGGAGCGACGUAUAUUCUGUCUGAAAAUAUCAUAGGAGAUGCCUUUUAUUCACAUUUCGACUGGGAGGCGGUACCCGAUCCAAAUCACGGAAGAGUAAACUAUGUCGACCAGGCCACCUCGGUUGCCCAAAAUCUGACCUAUGCCAGCUCGGAUUCCUUCAUCCUCAGAACUGAUUACACUAGUGUUCUGGGCAUUGACGGACCUGGAAGGAACUCUGUGAGGAUCAGAAGCAAGAACACCUAUACAACACAUGUGGCAAUUUUUGACCUGCGGCAUAUGCCCCAAGGCUGCGGAACAUGGCCUGGAGUAAAAGAAGUCAAAGAAUCAGAUAAACCAAAGGGUGGAUUAGUGGAUAUCGUUGAAGGUGUUAACGACCAGCCACCGAACUCAAUCAGUCUUCAUACAACAGAAGGAUGUACUAUGCCUGCAAAACGACGCCAGAAAGGAGUGAGCGGACAGCUUGACUGCAAUAGCCUCGUGAACGCCAACGAAGGAUGCAAGGUCACCGACCCUGCCUUGCCGGAUUAUGGACCCCAAUUCAACGUCAUGGGCGGCGGAUGGUACGUGCUGGAACGCACAGAAGAGCACAUUAGUGUUUGGUUCUGGACGAGGCAUGACCCUUCCGUGCCUUUCGAGAUCAAACACGGCUUCCUAGAAGUAGACUCGACGACAUGGGGUCCACCAGUGGCCUACUUCCCUAACGACGAUUGUAACCCUAUGAGCAAGUACUUUGAGGAACAUAACAUUAUCAUCAACCUUACGCUUUGUGGAGACUGGGCAGGGGGUCCUGCGUACGAGCAAGCUGGGUGUCCUUCUACAUGUGCCGAUUUUGUAAACAACAACCCAGCUGCUUUCAUUGAAGCUUACUUCGAUUUUGCUGCCGUGCGCGUGUAUAUCUGA